CCAGCGCCGGGCGACACGGCGAGGAACGACCAGCAUGGACCCCCAGGCGAAGGACUGCAGCAUCCCAGCGGCGGGGAGCUUCAGCGGGCGCUUGGCCUCUCUGGGAGCCGAAGGGGGUGACUCGGAGUCCGUCGGCGGGUCAGAGGAAGCCGCUGCGGGCUGCUGCAGCGACACGUUCAGCAGCCUGCCGGACAUGGAGCCAGAGGCGCUGGAGGAGAAAUUAAGAGGACUGGCGUUCAGAAAGCAGACCUCGUACCGAAAAGCGAUUUCCCGUUCUGGUCUCCAGCACCUCGGUCCGCCCCAGACACCCCUGUUUCCUGCAUCAAAUGGUCCCAGUAAGGAGCUGUGCACGGCUGUGGACUGGACGGAGAACGCUGUGAACGGGGAUCACCUGUGGAUGGAGACGAGUUGUUCAGGAGAGCUUUGUUAUCUGGGCGAGGACGCCUGCCUGCUAAAGACGGCCAAGUCAGCAUCCAGGAAGAAGUGUGCAGCCUGUAAGAUCGUCGUUCACACUGGAUGCAUGGAGCAGCUAGAAAAGAUCAAUUUCCGAUGUAAGCCCACGUUCAGAGAGGGCGGAUCUCGCUGCCUCAGAGACCAGAACACACUGAGACAUCACUGGGUGCACAGAAGAAGACAAGAAGGGAAGUGCAAACAGUGUGGAAAGAGUUUUCAGCAGAAGUUCUUUCAUAGUAAAGAAAUCAUCGCCAUCAGUUGUUCCUGGUGUAAACAGGCUUUUCACAACAAGGUGACGUGUUUCAUGUUGCAUCAGAUUGAGGAGCCGUGUUCACUUGGGGCCCACGCUGGAGUCAUAGUACCACCAUCCUGGAUCAUCAAAGUCAGGAAACCACAGAGCUCGCUUAAGAACUCUGCCAGGAGGAAAAAACGAACGUCUUUCAAACGAAGGACAAGCAAGAAAGGAAUGGAUGAAUCUAAAUGGCGUCCAUUCAUACUGAAGCCUCUCCCAUCUCCACUCAUGAAGCCCAUUUUGGUUUUUGUCAAUCCCAAGAGUGGGGGGAACCAGGGUGCUAAGGUGUUACAGAUGUUCAUGUGGAUCUUGAACCCACGACAAGUCUUUGACCUGUCUCAAGGCGACCUGCGAGAGGCGUUGGAGUUGUACAGGAAAGUGCCAAAUCUGAGGAUCCUCGCCUGUGGAGGGGAUGGCACGGUGGGGUGGAUCCUUUCAGCUUUGGAUGAGCUGCAGAUGAACCCCCAGCCUCCUGUUGCUGUGCUUCCUCUGGGAACAGGAAAUGACCUCGCCAGGACCCUGAACUGGGGUGGGGGUUAUACAGAUGAGCCGGUGUCUAAGGUUCUGUGUCAAGUGGAGGAUGGUUCAGUGGUACAACUGGACCGGUGGAACCUUCUUGUAGAGAAGAGUGCCGCUCAUCCUGAGGAUGGCACACAGAAGCUGCCUCUGAACGUCUUCAACAACUACUUCAGCCUGGGCUUUGAUGCUCACGUCACUCUGGAGUUUCACGAGUCCAGAGAGGCCAACCCAGAAAAGUUCAACAGUCGCUUCCGCAACAAGAUGUUCUAUGCAGGAGCUGCCUUCUCAGAUUUCCUCCAGAGGAGCUCCAGGGAUUUGUCGAAGCACGUCAGAGUUGUGUGUGAUGGUACAGAUUUAACGCCUAAGAUCCAGGAGCUGAAAUUCCAGUGCAUUGUCUUCUUAAACAUUCCCAGGUAUUGUGCUGGCACCAUGCCGUGGGGAAACACGGGUGACCACAGAGAUUUUGAACCACAGCGCCACGAUGACGGCUGCAUCGAGGUUAUCGGCUUCACCGUGGCCUCACUGGCGGCGCUGCAGGUAGGAGGUCAUGGGGAAAGACUGCACCAGUGCAGAGAAGUCGUACUCACAACCUUCAAGACUGUACCUGUUCAGGUGGACGGGGAGCCGUGUCGCCUUGCUCCCUCCACUCUCCGUAUCUCUCUGCGGAAUCAGGCCAACAUGGUCCAGAAGAGCAAGAGGCGCACGUCCGUCCCCCUGCUCAAUGAUAUUCAGAAGGUGUGUGCAGCUGAUCUGCGCCGCCUCUCUGCUCCCCCCGACUCCUUCUCUGUCCCUCACGCGGUUCCAGAUCGCUUGCGUCUCCGAGUGAAUCGGAUCAGCCUCCAGGAGUACGACAGACUGCAGUACGACAAAGAGCGACUACGGGAUAUCUCAGUCCCAGUAGGCAUUGUGGUUGUGAGGGGGGACUGUGACCUGGAGACAUCCAGACUCUACAUCGACAGAUUGCAAGAGGAUUUACACCAGGCGCCAUCUACUGGCCACAGAGUGCACUAUCAGGAUGAAAGUCGAGGGUUUCCCAGGACUAGUUCCGGCUGCAGACUGUCUGUCAACUGGAGUUUCUUAGACUCGACCUCAGCUGACCGCUUCUACCGCAUCGACAAGGCUCAGGAACACCUUCACUUUGUGACUGAAAUCUGUCAGGAUGAGGUGUUUAUCUUGGACCACGAGGGACCAACGGCGAGCAAGGGUUCAUCCACGGGGAUGCCUGACCUUGUCAGUGAACCUUCGGCUGGUACUCCUUUGAAACCCGAUGAACAAGCUUUACUGACAGCUGCCACAUCUGGAGAUCUUUCUGUGCUGUCCGAGUGCAUUCGCCGUGGCAGCAGCUUGCUGGUUCGAGACCCUGGAGGUUGUUCAGCGUUACACAUAGCUGCACAGAACGGACACACACACCUGGUCAGCUACAUCCUGCAGCAGGGCUCCAAAGUGCUUCUGGACUUAACGGACAGAGAGAAAGGAGAAACGGCGUUACACAAAGCGGCCUCGGAGAAGCAGCAUGAAGUUUGUCGGCUGCUGGUGGAGGCCGGAGCGUCGCUGCAGAAGACCAAUUUCCAGGGGAAGAGGCCGGCAGACCAUGCAGCGGGUGACUCUGAGCUGGCCACCUACCUGAGCGCACAGCAGCAAAGGCCUUCUGACGACUUGGAAACUGCCGUCUGACACACGUGCACGCUCCACCUCUCUUGACUCUGCACGCACGCCGAGAAAAGAAUCUGAG